AUGGCCGGAUCAAAAGCUCUGCUCGGGCUACUCGGGAUUGCCACCAUUCUGGUGUGCUUGCUUCCUCCUAGCCUCGCUGCUGUACCUGCCAUUUUCAGCUCGAGCGUCAGGUUGUCAGAUCCGACUGAAGCUGUCAGCUACGAGUCGGUUCAAGGAUCCGCUCUUUCUUCUCUCCUGUUCGACCCUUCUCGCGAUGAUUCGAUCUUCUCAUCCUUCGUGGAGGAAAGGCCUGGCGUGGUCCUCGUGUUCCUGGGCAAGGAGAUUCGAACCACCGACCUGUCGUCUCCAACUGGAUCCGUUGAGCCUCUGAAGGCACUCCUCGCCCAGUCCGCGUCCUCCAAGGUCUUCCCCUAUGUGCAGCCGCUCGACCACGCUGACACUGCGCACGCGCUCGAUGCUCUGCUUGCCUCCUUCUCCUCCCUGGCCUAUGCGGGCCAUGCUGCUGUCAGUGCCUCAUGUGGGCCCGUCUCCCGUCCCGGAAGCCACCGCUUCAGCGGUGAAGACUCGCUCCAGGACCUUCUGAACAACCGUGCGAGCGUGAGGGCAGCUAGGGAGCUUGACAUGGUGCUUUAUUGCUCGGACGGCCCUGCAAGCGCUGACUCACACGACGAUGCUGUUGCAGCAGAAACCACUGAGCUCUCCUCUCUGGCAUCCCUCGUCAAGGCCAUCACCCCCAACUACGCUCUCUUCUACACUGCUGUCCCCGACGUCGACGUGGGAGCACAGAGGCGUCUCCUUGCUGCUGCUGACGACUACCCUGCUGCCGGCGCAGGUGCCGCUGAUGCUGCUGCUGCAGGCGGUGGUGCUGGUUUUGAUGCAGUUGGUGCUGGUGCGGAUGCUGGAGUGGGUGCAGAGGGCGUGGAGGGACAGGAUGUGGCUAGGGCAGCAGUGGUGAAGAAGCAGAAGUGUGGGCCAACGUGCAAGACCCGUACCGCUCUCCUUGAGGGCAUCUUUGCUGGCAUUGUGAUGCUCAUGAUUCUCGUCUCAGGCCUCACAGUCCUCUCUCAGAUUGACACGCCCACACGGUUCGAGGUCUCUCUGGCUUUGGACGUCUACUUUCCAGAUUUUUACUUCUGCGUGACGUUUGACCCUGACGGCCUGCCUGUUAAUUCUACAGUAACAACCGACAGGUCUCCCCCGCCGCCGUCGUCUACAACUCCAGUCACGGGCACCACCAACUACACCUGCAAAUCUCCCGACCUAGGGGAAUUUACCCUAGCAAUCUCCCUCGAACCCCCUCCGCUGUCUCCCCCGCCUUCCCCCGCUCCCCCCACUCCGCCUCCCCCUUCCCCCGUUCCUACCCCCCCGCAACCCCUUCCUCCGCCAUCCCCCGCGCCAUCUUCCAGCAACGACACUGUAGCACUCGCGGUGGGGUUAUCCAUUGGAAUUUUCUUCCUGCUGCUGGUUCUGGGCUGCCUCGCGUGGGUGUUUUGGCGAUCGCAUCGGAAGGCGAAGCUCGAGCAGAUGGAGCGUGACGCGGAGAAGAAGCUGAAUCUCGAGACGGCGCUGGUUGGCGGAAACCGAGCGCCUGCAGCCGGCGCGUCGAGGACGAAAGCGGUGAUCGAAUGGGAGGAAUCGCUGCCGUCCAUUGAUGGAAUCUAA